GGGCCAUAUAUCAUCCGUUAACAGUACAUAGGUAAACAACCCCAGUGCUUCUGCAGCAGUUCUCGCAUUACAAAGUUCACGUCCAGACAUCUAACGAUCGGAAAUGAAGUCACUCGUUGUGUAAUGGACACUACAGUCGAACCUUUCCGCUCAUGAUACGACCGGCCCCCGAUCCCACCCAAAUAGUUCAAGCCUCAUGAAUUCACGCAUCUGGCAGUACCAGUGGUAGACUGUCAGGUCGCCCGGAUUCUCCGACCGCUGCUCACAUCGCUACCUGAGCUACCGUUCCUGUCCACGAGCCUCUCCCAUUCCUCAGCUGGCAUCGCGCUGGUGCAUGCCCAUAGAAGUGCCCGUAUACGGACGCAGCGCUCCAUGGCUCGAUGGCCUCGUCGGAAACAGGGUCGGGCUACUCGGUGACGCCUACCCAGCCUCGAGGAUUCACACUGCGACAUAAUUCUCGAAAGAGUGACGAUCUCACGGCGUUGCAACGACCGUCGAUGAAAGAUGGCCGGUCACUAUCGGGCGGGAGUUCCCAGUAUGGCUCGAGGGCCUUCGUUCCAACUCUCACGUCUACCGGACCACCAGGCAGUUUCAAUCCCGACUUAAAAGGCGCCAUGACUUCUGGAAGGACCACGCCCCUGACUGAAGCGGCAGGAGUGCCAAUGUCACGACUACAGCAGCAGGCAUACAAGGAUGUGGAUGGCCUCACAACCCCGGAGCAGCGGCAGGCCGCGGUGCGUGAGAAGAUAGCCAAAGAGAUGAAGAUCAAGCUUGGAACAGAAAACAUGCUCGAGGCACUAUUGAGCAAGAACCCAAAGCAGACUAAAGAGCAGCGCCAGAGGGUCGAGAUGGAGUUGGGUUCUUCGAAUAGAAAACUCGCCGAGUUGAAGCAGGAACUCGACCAGGAAAUCCAGCGCGCUCAGACGCCCAGCACGCCGCCAAACAAGAGAAUGACCAGCUACUUUCGCGGCAGUCCACUCAAGUCUCCCCCGCGGAGCAGCCAGCAGGAGACCGAACCUCCCGAAUCGGUUGAUGUCGAGUCCCCAACAGUCGUGUUGACGGAGAUACUCCAGCAGCUGGAAGCAGACGGCAUGACGCCGGACUACUACAUCGAGCGGGCGAACAGGCUAGUUGAUCUCUUGAAGCGAAAUCCGACCUUGAAAUAUGAUCUGGCCUGGUCUGUCUUUAGUCUACGGGUUCAAUUGAUGCUGCUCAGUGAUAGUUCGGACGUUGUCGCAGCCGGUUAUAGACUGACUCGACAUGCCAUCGCCGACCGAAAGUCAUUGCAGACCAUCCGGACGUUGCAUACGGACGAGCUCGUCAUCUUGUCUCUAGUCAAAAAGAACAAUGCCACCCUUGAGCGAGAGCAAGCCGUCAAGUUUGUGCGGGCCUUCCUAGACGUCAAAGACGGAGUGUACGAGCUGUCCCGAGCCGUUGUGCGCAGUUUGGUUGCGGUUGCCGAAGCACAUGAUGACAACUUGAAAGACAUCUGCUUACUGACUCUGGCGGAGCUGUUGAUGAAACAUACCGAACUGGUUGUCGCCGCGAACGGAGUCAGUACACUGACCGACGCCCUGGCAGAGGGCUCGUUUCCAGCCCCCGAAGGGUUAGUCGCCAGUUUUCUCCAUAUUUUGGACCACCCUCGCCAGCGUCGAUUCCUGCACACUGGACGGGAGUUUGAGGCCAUGUUUGCACCUUUCACAGAUCCGCUGCUUUUGAGCGGCAACGAAGAGAAGCUGAAAACCUGCGCCCAGGCCAUUGCGGCCAUGCUCAAGACAUGGCCGGGCUAUUUGCUGUUGUCGAUGAAUGGUGCAACGCCUCUCCGAUCGCUCAUUGAUUCCCUGGUAUAUCCCAUCGGUCAAUCGCGGGACACGAUACUGGAAUUGUUCUUUGAUAUCCUUCGCAUCAAACCACCGUCUUGGUCCACCUCGUACCUUGCUGGCCGACGACUCACAACAUAUGGAAGAUUGAAUACGUUACCUCUAGAACAACCCUCAUCUACUGAACGGCAGCUCGCCGACUACAAUCCCAACGACAGGUUUGAUUUGACCCAACACUUUUCAGCGUUCGUCCUCGCAGCCUUGGUAAAGGCAGGCUUGGUACCCGCUCUAGUAGAUUUGAUCAAAAACGAAGAAGACCUGAUGCUCAAGAGAAAAUCGGCACUUUUGCUCACCGAAGUGCUGAAGUUGGCCAACAACUCAUUGCCUCAAGCAAUUGGCUGCGACAUACAAGUACUGGGGGAUUUGGUCCCAACACUCAAAGACUUCGGCUCGGAAAUGUCAGCCACAAACAUGAGUCUGAUCUAUCAAAUUGAAAGCAUCAACCGGACUUUACAGCGGACAUCUGCUUCAACCUAUGCAGCGCGAUCCGACUCUGUCGACGAGCUGGCGGUUGGGCCACAGGCCGUGGAGAGAUCUAGAUACACCGCCAUGAUGGAUGCAGAUCAGUUCCGCCAAGCAAUGGCAGACAGCCAAGUGACCAGCCAUUCUCAAUAUGUUAAGUGGAAGUGGGAGUUGAUUCACGGAUUGGUUGAAGGACCAUUGACCAACCCCAAAAGACUCGAAGAGGCAAUCAAAUCACCCAAGUUCCUCAAGCGGCUUGUCGGCUUCUACCGGCCUUUCAAAUACAGGUUCUCGAUGAUACGAAAUACCAGACCCAAUCAGCGAUACGUGCGCACCGGCUGUGCCUUGAUGAAAACCCUGACCCAGACGACUGUGGGGAUUCAAUAUCUUGCCGAGAAUAAACUUCUGCGCCAGAUUGCAGAAUGUCUUGCCCAGGUUGACCCGCACAGCGGCAUCACGUCUGCAAGCCCCCUUUUCGAUCGUCACCAUAUGGCCGAGACGCUCAGCGGCGGAUAUUUCGCGAUGCUUGGAGCACUCAGCCAUACCAUCGAGGGGAUCCGUUUGAUGGAGCAAUGGCACAUGAUGGACAUAUUUUACCAUCUCGUCGAGUUGAAAGACCGCGACGAUUUAAUCCGCACUCUGCUGGGCAAUAUGGACUAUACUCUUGACACGCACCUGCGGGUGAUUCUGUCCAAAGCGCUCACUUCGGGCGUCAAAGACAUUCGAUUGUUUUCGACCAGACUACUUCGUCGGUAUGCCGUGGGCAGGGUGCAGUAUUCGACUGGAUUGGGAUUACAGGAUCCUGGUAGCUCGCACUGGGCUCUGCGUCUGGUCCUGACUCAACUGUAUGAUCCGGAUGUGGAGGUGUGCGAGGUCGCGAUCAAAAUCCUCGAACAGGCCUGCAAUCAACGCAGUCACUUGGAAUAUGUGGUCAAAUGCAGGCCGUCACUCGACCAUCUCGGUGAAAUCGGAGCACCUCUUCUUUUGCGGUUCUUGUCGACUUCGGUGGGUUAUCGGUACCUCAGUGGACUAGACUACAUCACGCAGGAAAUGGAUGACUGGUUUUUGGGGAGAAAUGACGCCUACGUCGCUCUCGUUGAGGCAUCUAUCUUGCGUGCCUACAUGGACGGAAGACUCGGAUUGCACAAUAACAAGACACAACCACAUGACAACAACGAUCCAGCUGGCGACCUUCAUGAGAUUGGCGUUGCACCUCCUCAUUUCUACCGCGAACUCGCGCGUACGCAGGAAGGAUGCAGACUGCUCCGCCAGUCGGGCCACUUUUACGAGUUUUCCUCUACGAUCCGCGACUUCCGUCUGGACGAGGACGAAGAAGCUUUGACCAAAGUCAAAGGAUGUCUCUGGGCAGUCGGGAACAUCGGAUCAAUGGAUCUGGGCGCGACGUUUCUGGAAGAAGCCGAUGUCGUCAAGGCGAUUGUAAGGAUUGCUCAGGGCGCCGAAGUCAUGUCCAUGCGAGGAACCGCCUGUUUUGUAUUGGGUCUGAUCUCGCGCACUCUGCAUGGCUUCGAAAUGCUCGCCGAAAAUGGUUGGGACACAGCCGUCGACCCGCAGGGCCGGUCUCUUGGUCUUUGCUUGCCUCUGGACCUGAAUGUGUUGUGUUUGAAGUCCGUCGGCUCGUCAAGUGUACCCCAACGUCCCAACCCGGAGGAAACUGCCCGGUACAAGGCCGCCGUGACAGAUGCAAACCCCGUGCGAGCCAAGAUACUCAAGAAUAUUGUCGAAAUGGGCAAUUCGGUCAUGUACAAAAAGGCCGCUGGGGAACUUCAAGCGCUCAAGGCCAAGGAACCAAGUUACUUUGCCGACACGCAGAUGUUCCGCAAGACUCUUGUGAUUCUGGAAAGUCACCAUUAUCGCCUGCAGGCACGGCAUUACAUUCUCAAUCUAUUCAACAAAGGCAUGAUGCGACGCAUCAUUUUCGACGAAGAGAUGGGCGAGUCGGAGAGCAGCUCAGACACUGGGUAGUAGAACUCGAACUCUGGCACAUGAGCGGCCGAGGUCAGGUCGCAUGACUUGACCCCAGUCGUUUGUUUUUGGAACGAUGAUGAUUUUUGCAUUAUUGGCAGCGCAUCAAAGCAAUGAGAUACCUUAGGUAAGGGUCAUGCAGUUUCGGCACACGGCGUUUUUGAGACGUGUAGGAGGGUUCUGUUUUCGGCUCGGCCUGAUAUGCCUUGCAGUGAGGAAGACGUGACACUGGCAUUGACAUACGACGUACAUGCAACGGGCGUAAGGUAUUUGGGGUUGACGAAUGGAAUGGAGGCUGCUCCAGAGAUGCCUACGUGGAAGCGAAGCGUGCGUGGGGCAACGUUUGAACGGGAUCCUUAAACACUGGCAUUGGCAUUGGUUUGGCAGUGGCAUGCAGCAUGCAACAUGCAACAAGGGACAUGGAUUCGGUAUGGAUGUUCAGCGGGUCUGGGUCGUUGGUGCAGUGGGGAUGGAUUUGACUCUCUCUCUCUCUCUCUCUCCGGCGUCUUGUCUCUUUUCGGUAGUAGGACCCCCCUGCAGUGUAUUUCAGCUCUCGAGGGGUUUGAGGGUCUGUCUGUCAGUCAGUCAGUCAGUCACACGAGCGGAUGAUCCAAAGUAUGGCUGGUUUCAUGGGCGGAUCGGAUUGGAUUGGACAUGGCCGCGCAUACCUAGGUAAUGGUAUGGUAGCACAGGACUGUAGGACUUGCGGAGUGAGGCUGGAGCGAGCUGAGAUGAAAGAAAUCGGGAACGCCGUCCUGACUGCAGGUGAGCACAUGAGAGAGAGCGAAGUCGAUAGGUAGUAAGCCAGAGCCAUCCAAGCGCAAGUGAUGACCCGUA